GAUACAGGUCUAGUGCUUUAGGUUCCCACACGCACGAAGAGAUUUGUUUGGAGACGUACUGAAACCUGAAGCCGGCUGGUUUGUUUACCAGCUAGUCCUCCACAGCUGUCAACCUGAGUCGCAAGUAGCAGCUACUGUAAGUAGCUUCUGUGCACGAUGAAGAAUUUUUCAUUUCCUAUGCAAGACAGCACACAUCAGACUGAAAGUCCUUCUUCUCACAGAUUCCUAAGCUUGACAAAUAAGUCAGAUCCUGUUGGAAGACCAGAAAGAGACGAGCAAUUGGCUCAAGUAGAGAUCGCUGUGCUGGGGGUGAUAUUUCUGACAGCGUCUGUGGGCAAUUUUAUUCUCAUACUGGUACUGUGGAGAAGAAGAAAGAAGCUCUCUAGAAUGUAUGUAUUCAUGCUCCACCUCAGCAUAGCUGACUUAGUGGUAGCAUUUUUUCAAGUUCUGCCUCAGCUGAUUUGGGAUAUUACAGAUGUUUUCAUAGGGCCAGAUUUCUUGUGCAGAGUUGUCAAGUAUUUACAGUUGCUGGGCAUGUUUGCCUCCACUUAUAUGAUAGUGGUCAUGACUGUGGACAGAUAUCAAGCAGUUUGCUACCCUAUGGUGACUUUCCAAAAGAAGAGAGCCUUGUGGAACAUUCCCAUUUGCACCAGCUGGUCUUUAUCACUGCUGCUUAGCCUCCCACAGGUAUUUAUCUUUUCUAAGACUGAAAUAUCUCCAGGCAUCUAUGAAUGUUGGGGUGAAUUUAUUCCACCGUGGGGCCCAAGGGCAUAUGUAACUUGGAUUUUUGUAGUUAUAUUCUUCAUCCCCUCAGCCAUCCUUAUUACAUGCCAGGUUAAGAUUUGCAAAAUAAUCAAAAGGAAUAUAUAUGUGAAAAAACAGAAUGAAUAUGAAGUAACAAAUCAGAAGCAAGUCCUGCCAUCCCGAGCAAGCAGUGUUAACUGUAUUUCCAAGGCUAUGAUCAAGACUGUAAAAAUGACUGUGGUAACAGUUUUUGCAUAUGUUCUUUGCUGGUCACCUUUCUUCAUUGCACAGCUGUGGUCUGUUUGGUUCCCAAGUGGCGUUACUGAAGGGUCAGCAUUCACCAUUAUCAUGCUCCUUGGCAACUUAAAUAGUUGUAUCAACCCCUGGAUUUACAUGUAUUUCUGUGGACACAUUCCAUAUUGCACAAGGAAGCAGCUGGAGAACACUUCAGCUCAAGAUGAAUCUGUGAUCACAGGAAGCAUUCAUCUGGUAGACAGAGACCCCGAGGAAAACAGCACUUCAGCAUAGAUAUUGAACUCUUUUUGCUGUUUUGUUAUAUUUGCUGUGUUUGCAAGUCAUAUAUUUUACCACUAUGCCUUGCUUUGUGGAUAAGGAGGCUGAAAAUUUGUCCUCUGUUGUAUUUUUUUUUUCUGAAGUUCUGCAUUGUCCUACAGGAGGGCAGUAUUUCUGUGUUGUGCAAACCUGAUUCAAUAUUUCCAUCAUUACUGUGCUAUCAAAAUUAAUUCUUAUAAGGACUGUAAUGAUGUCUUAGAUAUUUUGUGUCACAAAUGACUUACUAUUCUGUGAUUCUGGAUUUCCAAGUAGUGAAUUUUUACAACUGAUCCAACAAACUGAGACAUAGUUGGAACAGAAUCAGACAUAAUUGGAUUUGAAUGUAGGUUUAAUUUGAACCAUGAUUCUAAUGGGACUGGGGGACAGUCUGACAAAUCAUAAGAUGGCAGGAGAAAGUAAAAUACUUUGCCAGCUGUAAUUGAUACCUCUUUUAAAUAAACGCCUUAUAUAUAAAAUA